AUGCUUGCUUCGCGACUAGUCACCCGCAACGCCUCGCGGUUCGCCACGCAGCUGCGCGCUCCUGCUCAGCGCCGUCUUGCCAGCACCUCUGCCGAGAACGAGUUCAUCAAGGAACGCCAGCACAUCAAGGAGCACGCCAAGGAAACCACUGAGCUGUGGAAGAAGAUUUCCAUCUACGGUGUUAUUCCUUGCCUCGCCCUGGCUGGUGCCAACGCCUGGUAUCUCUGGAAGGAGCAUUGGGAGCACUGGAGCCACAUGCCUCCUCUGGAGGAGCGCACUGAGUACCCCUACCAGAACAUCCGCACCAAGAACUACCAGUGGGGAGAUGGUGACAAGACCCUGUUCUGGAACGAAUCCGUCAACUACCACAACAAGAACAAGGUUGCGUAA